AUGGACUCACUUGUAAACAGAUGAAAAUCAACAGUUGAAGCUCAAAUGGAGCGUCAAAUUAAACGCUCAAAAUCAAAAAAUCAUACCCUAUCACCAUCACGCAAGUCCUUAACAAAUCUAGAGACAUCUCAAACAGAUUCUUUUACUGAAUCCAAGCCUGCCCCUCAAAACUAUGUAAAAUCCAAAGCGCAAAAAAUCAUUGAUAUUUUAUCAGUAAAAGGCCAAGAUCCUCCAUCAAGUAAUAUUUAUCUUAGUUUCAAAAUUCAAUAAAGUCUGCAGCGCAAUCGAAGAAAUAAUCAAAAAUGAAGAACUAAAAAUCUCUGAAGAAAACAACUCUGAAGCUACAAAAUUCCGUGAAAUGAGAGAAAGCACACGAAUACAGUCAGAAUCUAUCAAUAAAACUGUUUCUGAUUUAGAAGCAAGGCUUUUUGAAUCAGAAAGAGAAAAGAUAUUGUUAAGAAAAGAAAAAGAAGAGCUUAAAUCAAAAAUUGAGGGCUUAAAUAAACAGCUGGCUUCAUCAUCAGUUACACAAGAAAUGAUAGGAGUGCUAAAAGAAUCGUUCAAAGCCCUUGAGAAUUCGAAUAAAACAUUGAUUUCUAAUAUAGAAACAAUUAAAAAUAAUCAAAGAGAAAAGGAAAGAGCGUGGGAAUUAGAAAUCGAGCAGCUUCAUGAAAUAAUAGAAAAUAUUCAGAAAGAAGAAUAA